UUGACGUUCAAAAUCGAAAAUUGUUAAUCUGAUAGUACUUUUCGUUAUUAACAAGCAAUUAAUAUUCUCUUCUAAUACAAUUCUUAUUAUGCCGGCUGAAACUAUUAAACGGCUUAAAGAUCAAUUAUUGGUGGCUAGGAAUGAAAUCAACAAUUUACGACAGCAACUAAUAUCCGUCAAACAUGCUACAAAUAAACAGCAUGAAGAAAUUCAAAAGAAAUUAGAAAAUUGGCAGUGCCAAGAAUGUCGAAGAAGACAGAAUUUAUCAAAUAUUGUUGAAAUGUCAAGAAAUAGAAAUGAAACAAAAGAAUCUGUCCUUUGUCCAUAUAUUGGCACUAUGUACACUCAUUUCCCCGAAAAAAGGGGUACACCAAGACAACCUGGAAUUUGUUCUAACCUAGUUGCCAAGUUAGUUCUGAACAGCAAUAUAUUUACCAAUCCGGAGCAUGCUCUUGAUGGUUUACAAGAAUAUUCACACAUGUGGAUAUUAUUCCAUUUUCAUAAAAAUGAUUCCACCCACACAAGAGCUAAAGUAACCCCUCCAAGACUUAAUGGACAUCGUUUAGGUGUUUUUGCAACUAGAUCUCCAAAUAGACCAAGUCCAAUUGGUUUAUCACUUGUAAAAAUUGACAGAAUUAUGGAAAAUGUGAUUUACUUUAGUGGUGUAGAUAUGAUAGAUCAAACUCCAGUUAUAGACAUCAAACCUUACAUACCCCAGUAUGAUAGCCCUAAUGUUAACAUGCCCUUACCUUAUUGUGAUGAAAAUUUGGUAGAAGAAAACUCAAAUUCACCAGCACCAGACACAUAUUCUCUCUUUAAUAUAUCAGCUGUAAAUGAUUCUCAACCUGAUGAAAAUGGAAUAUCUCAAGUUACUGAAGCAUUAGAUAAUUUAAAUGUCAGAGAUAUGGAUGGAGAAGAGGAUGAGGAAAGAAAUAAUGAUAUGGGAGGUCCUACAUUAAAUAUUCGUCAGUCCUUUCCUGAUUCAAGAUCACUCAUUAGAAUGGGUGAACGUGAAGCACCUGAUGGUGAAGAAGAAGAGUCAGAGCGACAAGCUUCUGGUGUUUCAAUAACUUUUGGUACUAGUCCAUCCUCAAGAGACAUUCGAACACCAGCAUGGAUAAAUAAUCCUCCAGUGCCAAUCUUAACAGUCUACUUUCGGGAAAGAGCUCUUUCUCAGUUACAACAAAUGGGUGUAAAGGGUGAGCAAAAGAAGGCAGUAAUCGAAAAUAUAUUAAAAGAGGAUCCCCGGUCAGUUUAUCUACGCGAAAGAAUAGAAAAUUCUAAUUAUGUAUUUAGAAUCGCAGAGUUGUACGUUUCUUGCAGAUUCGAUGACAGAUCUCAUACCGUAACUGUUUUCCAAGUUUUUCAAGAAAACGUUGUACAAAACGAACAAUGAUAAAGUUAGUAAGUAUAUUAAGAUAUUUACUUUACGCUACUCUUUUUUUUGUGAUAUUUAUUUAGAUUUAUAAGAUAAAAAUAAAACAACAGCAUGAAUAUUUAA